AUGGACGAUCGCGCGAUGGGAAGACGCGAGAUGAGCGCGCGCGGUGGGUGGGAGACGCCGGCGCGCGAGCGAUGCGCGUGGACGCGGGCGCUCGGGAAGGAGGGGUUCGGAGGAGGGGCGCGCGCGCGUGGAUUCGCGAGUGAAGGAAAACCGGAGGACGAGACGACGGCGGAGGACGAGAGUGGGGAGGACGCCGAGGGCGAUGGAGAGGGCGAAGAUGAAGUCUCGCGACUUCGCGGGGAGCUGGAGGAGAAGGACGCCAAGGUGGCUGAUUUGACGGAUAGGAUUCUGAGAACCAUGGCGGAGAUGGAAAAUUUGCGCGAACGCACGCGUCGUCAAGCCGAGGAUGCGAAAAAGUUUGCGAUUCAGGGGUUCUGCAAAGAUUUACUCGACGUCGCCGAUAAUCUCGAUCGCGCCAUCGCCACGGUGACCGUAGACGACGAUGAAAACGACGUGGAGAAGGUGAAGACAAAGCUCAAGAGCUUUCAUGAGGGCGUGGUGAUGACCGAGAAGACGCUGUUGUCGGCAUUUAAAAAGCAUGGUGUCACAAAGUUCAACCCCGAAGGCGAAGAAUUCGACGCCAAUUCGCACAUGGCUCUUUUUAAUGUCCCUAUACCCGAAGGUUCCGACGCUAAAGCGGGCACGGUGGCGGCGGUGACGAAGACGGGAUACUCGCUCCACGAACGCGUGAUUCGCGCGGCUGAGGUAGGGGUGUAUCAGUGA